CGCCUUUAGAAUAGCAAAAAAUCGAAUACAAUGAAGUCUACUGUAUAUCGAUUUAGUAGCAGUGCACUGUUUCAGUGUGUUUAGUUGGAGUUUCAGUAGACAUUCUUCACAAUGGGUCUGAAGUUUGGAAAUUUGUACAAACUAAGAGGGAUCGUCUAUUUCCGUUUAAGCCCUCAUGAACAGAAAGCUUUCAAGGGUUUUUUAUCAGAGGGUGUUCCAAAUACUAUUAGACGGUUCCAUAGCAGUGUAUUUCGCUAUUUACCAGUGUUUGCUUUAAACUAUAUAAUAUACUUAUGGGCCAUAGAAAAGCAUCACAAAUUGAGCCGUAAAGAUCAUAGUCUUUACAAGGAUGACGUUUAAAUUAUUUAAAUAAUUUAAAUAUAAAUUAACAAGUAGUAUUUACCUCUCAUCAAAGUUGUUAUAAUGUGUAAUACGAUGGAAGUUUAUUUGAAUGUAUAUAUCAAUAAAUUAAUUUAUCCGUUUAAACUAUAAAU